CGUUCCAUUGUGGUUCACACUACUUGCACAGAGCAGCACACGAUUAAGUAAGUUGGCUUAUUUGUUGUUAAGAAGAAGACAAACUGCUUGUUUCCCCUCCCUCCAUCCUUACUCUCACCAUUUCAAAAGUUAUCAAAUCCACGACUAACAGAUAAGAAAGACUUAGGUUAUCUAGUUUGUGUCCAAUUGACUGAUGAGAGACCUGUGACAGGUCACCUGACUAGUUGAGACGUCUCCAAGCAUCAUCGGGAAAGUGAAGACAAGUGGAUCGAUAUCGAUAAGUACGCAUUUAUUAGAAACGUGAGUGAUUGCUGCCGACGGUGGACGAGGAGCGAGCAGGAGCGGUGGUGGUGGUGGUGAAAUAAGUGAGUGACCCGAGCAGCUGGCGUCGCCAUUACGACAUUUUUUAUUCCCGUGAAAGAAGAAGAAGCAGCAAUUGUGAAUAAAUCAGUUCGACUAAUUAACCAGAGAGCUAUCUGUCAACCAAAGUGAAUUUAUUUCUUCAACUGAGUAGUCGAUACGAUGAGCAUCGAACGGAGAUCAACUCGUCGUAGCACGACUGAAAAUGUGACCGUGGUGAGUAGUACGACCGACCCGGAGGAUGUGAUUGCUUCCAAAAAGCUAACCGAGGUCAACGCCAACCUCACUGUUAAUCCUAAAGAGCUCCUCAUAGACGGACUUGGAGUAGAAAAUGGUUCAAUCGUUGUGGAAGGGAAUGGUACCAAGGACGAAAAUGGAUGUGGGGACGACGAGGAGGAGAGCGUGAUUGAAGAUAAUGACGAAGACGAUGACGAUGGGACUCCAGACGCUAAGAUUGCAAAACUUAGUGAUGAUACGGACGAACAAUCGAAUCUUUCUGGGGAUCAAGUCGUAUCAAGCAAGCCGAAGGGCCGCAAGGAGAAAGUGAAGCAUCAAUGUCACCUCUGCGAGAAAAGUUUCCUUAAGAAAGGAUUUCUAACAAAGCAUCUCAAAUCCCACUCACAACCUCGUCCCUUCAUCUGCGAUACUGAAGGUUGCGACAAAACCUUUGUGUCGACAAGAGGGUUGGAAAAGCAUGUCAAGACUGUGCAUGAAGGAGAAGAAUUUAUGCUCCAUUUGUGUGCAUUUUGCCAGAAAGGCUUCAUUACCCGAUCUGAGAUGGAAAGUCAUGCAGAGACUCAUGUUUCAGACUAUAAAAUGUACGCAUGUCGCUAUUGUGGAAAGACUUUUGUGAAAAAGUUUGCAAUGAAGAUUGCGGUUCAGGCAUGUCAAGAUCAGCCUGUUGAUCCUUGCCCAUACUGCAACAAAGGAAUUAAUCCUAAUGCAUACAAAGAUAAUUAAUAAGUGGCGCUAACCGAUUAACAAUUAGUUAAUGACAAGGUGGUGGUGAUGAGAUGUUCUAAGGCGAGGGAAAUGAAAUGUGAAGGAGCUGUUUUAUUUAAGUGUCAAUGUUGUAUCUUUGUUAUUUAGUGAUUUCAAGUUAUCGUCGUUGUCGUUAAUUCAGUAUAUGAGAUAAUUGUAUACAACAAGGUUACUGCAACUGCCAAGUUUUAAAAUUUACCGAGUAAUGGAACGUUUAAAUGUUCAUUAUUUUUAUAAUUGUUAUUCUCGAAUAGGGUGGAUAUAAAUAUUUAUGCCCUAGUUUUCUUAUUAGUUUACAGAAAAUUGUAGAGUUGCAAAACACAUGUUGAUAUCUUCUUAUCAAUGUAUUGUUUUGUAACAACAACAUUUUUAAAACUCCUCAAACUUGAUACGUCCGAUCCAGUAAUUAUAUACCAUAUAUUUACUAGUUAUCAAACUCAAUUAUCGAAAUAUUUCGGUUUAUGGCGAAGAGAUUUGACCAAAUUCAAAAUUUAUUUUAAUUUUACCGAUUCUUUAAAUCAUUUUGUUUUUAAUGAUCGUUUGUUAUUACUAUAAUGUCACCAAGUCACAUUACCCUACAGUUGUUGUGUUGUUACUUUGAUACACAUCCAAUUUCAGAGUUUUAAUAUUAUUCUUAACAAUAAAAUAUCUAUAAGAAUGUUACCGCUUUAUAUUAAUGACUUUUGUUGUUGUUGUUGUUAAUUGGUGUUGUUAUGUACUUGUCAUAAACAUUAAAUGUAUUAAUUCGUCAAUCAUUUAUUAAUUGAACGGUGAAGGGUAAAAAAACGUAUUGAAAAAAUGAUGUAUCUAUCUAUGUUAUAACGUAAUUAUGAUAUUCAAACCACUCCAUUCUAAAAUAUCUAUGUACCAAUCAACCAAAUCUCUCCAUGCAGUCCAUUACAUAGUUUAUGUGUAGGAUUAAUUUGUAAUUUUCAAUGUUUUCGGAUUCCUUGAAUACUUUUGUUCACCGGAAAUCAAGGUACUUUUAUAUCGUAGGACGUACACAAUUUAUAGGGACUUACAAAUUUAGUAGGCUAAUAACUGGUGUCAGAAUGUAAAACUGCCAGUGGGAAAGUUCACCAAAGUAAUUAAUCGUCACCAUCUUUUCCCGUUUUUUCUUCUAAGAAAGAGAUCUGUUAUUUCCACGAUAAAAUAUUUAAUCGACUCUCUCUUUCUUGUGAACUCGUAUUUUAUACAAGUAUCAAAGUCUAUCCAUCAAGUUGCUCCGUAUCGACUAAGGAAAGUCCAACGUUCUACCUUAACUUGUGUCCAAAAAUCGAGAUGGUUAUCCCCGAGUAAACCCUAAAAUCUCAAAAGGCAGUCAAGUACCAAAAAUAAGGCCGUUCUAUAACGUGUCUAAAUACGAAAUGUCUCACCUACCCACCGUUGACCAGGCGUACUAUGAAUGAUGACUACUCUUGUAACUUUAUACAGGCGUAGAUAAUGACAAUGGUUCAUUUGUACUGUUAAAGUAUGAAGGAAUACAUAAUUAUUCACCUUGUUCAUGGCAAAAUGUGUAAUUAUUAUUAUAAUUUAUUAUGUCUAAUUAAAUUAUUGAUGACAAAUAUUUAAAUUUAUAAAUGUAAUUACCAGUUUUAACUAUAUUGUUGAUUAAGAUUUGAUAAUUGAUUUAUUACGGUUUCAGGUUUUUUCUAUUUCUUUUCUUUAUCUUGUAUUCGUUCUCAUGUUUUGUAUUUCAUGAAAAAGUUAUGCUCUGAUUUUGGUCAUGGUACAACCGGUUUUAUGAUAAUAAAGUGUUCCUCUUAUAAAAAUAGCA